AUGAAGUGGCUGGGAUUUAUCAACACGUUGAAGGGGAUGAAAUCGGAAACCAAUGUCGGAUAUGAAAAGAUAUUAAGCGAAGUUAGAAGUAAUUUGACUUUUUCAAGUAAUCCCAAGAUGGGCUGGACAGAAGAAGAGCUGGAGCUCUAUCCUUAUCUGAACAAUUACACUGUUCCUGAGUACUUCAACCAGUAUGGCAUCACGGAUGAAAACCUCAUCAAAAUGAUUUUGUUUACUAAGAAUUCCCAAUUCUUGAUUGUGAUUCUCUGUUUCGUUCACUACAUCGUCACAUGGUGGGUUCGAAGAGGACAAGAACCAGCUAUGAAUUCGAUUUCCUCCACCAUGAUCACAAACGACCGAGUUUUCAUCAUCAUGCGAAUUACUCUUGCCAUGUGGUCACUGACAAUGAUUCUUUUCGGCUGGGAAGGGAUUCGAUCGAUCAUUUUUGGUGCCUACUUUCCAUUCGCUGCCAUUUUAUCUCUGUACGUCAAUUUCCAAAGAUCGCGAAUCGUUGAGGGUUUCGGCACUUGGACUCAAGCUUUGAACAAAGUAAACUCAUUCCUCUUCAAUGUCCAGGCUCCUCUGCGUCUCUUGGUCUCCUUAACUUGGUGGACACGAUGGAUCGGAUUUCUCCGAUAUCGAGAUAUGGCUCGAUCUCUUGACAUUCAUCCCUUCUGGCUUUGGAGCAAAGAAUAUACGCCAACGCUGUUCCUUCUCGUCGAAUUGCUUUGGUUCGACACUAAAGUUCCCUUCGAUGGAUUUGUUCACGUGACUGUGAUUGGAUCGGCAAGUCUUGUAGCAUUGGUUCAAAACACCAACAAACCCCCUCCUCAAGGACUCAACGCAAUGGACAGAGAUCCUGCUGCAUGCGUCGUCUGCGCCGUUAUAUUUACCAUUGGCUUAAUCGUCAUUCACUUGGGUCUCGCAUUCUUCUCUCAUGGAAAAAUUUGGACUUUCAAGAAGGUUCCUGUUAUCGGACAAAGACUGACGAACCGACAGGCGUGCACCGAGAUCUUCCAAAAACGACACGCGCUGAACAAGUUCAUGCCCCCUUCGAUGCUUGAACAACGAAAAACUACGAUUCGAAAAUCAUACGCUAACUUCGGCAAAGCAUCUGUCGUUCGCGCCUCGAUCGCCCGAAAAUCUGCUGCUGUGAGAAAGUCAUGA